AUGGCCACCGAGAUGUUGUCUGAAGCAGAUGGCGCGUUCUAUGCGUUUGCAGGCGUUAUGCUGGGACUAUACGUUGUUCCUGCCAUGAUCUUUACAUUCUACCGCGUGUACACGAGUCCCAAGAAUCUUCGCUCGCGUGGAUUUGCGCUACACUUGGCGCUAUUGGCCAUCGCGUGCGGUCUCUUAUGGCGCUGUCUCUCGGCUUUACAGAGCGUGGAUACGUCGGGUGUCUUUGAUCCAUACGAGAUCUUGGGCAUAAGUGACUCGGCAUCUUCUCAGCAAAUUAAAAAGGCGUUUCGAGCACUGGGAAGGAAGCUGCAUCCUGAUAAAAACCUCCAUAAUCCAUUGGCCACGCGUCAGUUCGCUCGCGUGACAAAGGCGUACGAAGCCUUGACAAACCCUCAGAGUAUGGAGAAUUACCGUAAAUACGGUCACCCUGAUGGUCAUCAGUCCAUGUUGAUGGAUGUGGCAUUUGCCUCGGCGUUCAGUGGCACCAAUGGCGGUAUUGGAUCCAUUUUUGUGCUGCUGUACUUUGGAGCGAUCAUUGCAGGUGUUGGAUACCUCGUAUAUUGGCUACAAAAGUCUUCAGGACGUCGUGAUCGUACGCAGAUCUCACGUGCUACUCGUGCGAGCUUUGUCGAUGCCUUGACAGACAAAAUGAGCGUACACGACAUUGUGGAGCUGCUUUUAUCCUGUGAUGAGAUGGCUGGAGCGGGAGCAGGCAUCUCGGAUAAUGCACGAAAUGAGGCACAAUUGCGUACACAGACACACAACAAACUUGCAAAGAAAAUGGAGGCUGUGAGGGCUUUACCGAGUGAAAUCAUUAGCCGCAUUCGGAAGCACCAAAAUCCAGUCGCACGCGAGAAUAUGCUGGCAUUGUACCAGUAUCUACGUCGCGACAAGCUGCGAGGCGUGUCACGUCCGUCAUGGGUGGACCAUCGGUUUCAAAAGGUGCUGCGUGAGUUGCCAUUUCUGGUGGAUAUCUUUGCGACGAUAGCUGCUGAGCAUUUGGUGAAGCGUGCAUACCCUGCCAUCCCACUGCUGCGUGCGCUGUCACUGCUUUCCAGUCUUGCCCAGGGAAGUCUUGUUGCUGACGAGGCAGCCUUGCGUGACCAGAAGGAACGAAUGGCUGCUGUCCAUCGUCAAUUACCUGACUUGUGCUUGGAGGACACAACGCUAGUUGUGCAUGAUGAACCAAACAUCCAGCCCGGAGAUUUGCUUACUCUGCAAACAAUUUUGAAACGAAAGCGCCUAAAAGAAGGUGAGACGGCAUCUCUAGCUGCUACAUUUUACGACCACGUAGACUCCAAGAGCCCGUUUUGCAAGGAGCACGUAUGGUUUCUCGUCAUGGAUAAGGGAACUGGUCGGCUGUAUUCUGCUUGGAAGUGCGUAGACUUAUCUCAACAAGUCGUGCAAAGGAUGGGGUUCUUAGGGCCGGAGACUCCAGGCAAGUACGUGUUUGAGGUGUGCGUGGUAUGCCCGGCUUAUCUAGACGUGCAGACGAAGGUUGUGCUACCUGUUGUGGUAGAGAAGCGCUAA